AUGGCCGACGGCACCGCAGCAGCCGCAGAACGACAGAGGGCAAACGACUGGGCAGAGGCCUUCAUGGCAAAAUUUGAUGCCAUCUGCAGGCGGUUCUGGAGGCGGCUGGAGAACAACAGCCAGACCCCAGUGCCGACACUGGCUAACGCGAAAGCCGGGACUAUGGAACCCUCUCCCGCCCAGCUGGGACACCUGGCUGCCCUCUCUCCUCCGCGGAAGCAGGGGUCACCCGAGAUGGUGAAAAUACAGAGUCCCGACUCUGGUACGCCACGAGCACCCCCUGCAAGAGACGUCACUGGCAGGCAAAACAGAGGAGAGCCCCGAGCUGCAAGGCAGAGAUCAUCACCCGUGUUGAAGCACCGACCACCUGCAGCAGCUCUGAGGGCACACCCGAGUCUACCACACCGAAAUGCUGGGAAUCAGCAGAGACCUUUGCGACCGGACGGCGCAAGAAACAGAAGGUACAACAAGGGGCGAAAUACAUCCACUAUCCUUCGAUCGUGUGGACUUAGCCCUGCAGGCCCUGGGGAGAGGGGUAUGCAACCACCAGCCCCACACCCCCAACGCCCUGGCAAGCUACCCAAACAAGAGUUACAGCACCUAAGACUCUCACGUUACCGGGUCGCUGACCCCCCACUCACGGGCAUCGGCUGA